AUGUCGCUUCCGGAAGACAUCAUCCUUAACAUCUUAGCGCGUGUACCGAGAUGCCACUAUCCAACAAUCUCUCUUGUUUCAAAACACUUCCGGUCACUCAUUGCGUCGCCUGACAUAUACGCCAUAAGAUCUUUGUUGGGAUGCACCGAACAUUGUCUCUAUGUUGUUCUCCGUGACAGGGACAACAAUGCUCGCAGUUUGUAUACGCUCUGCCGGAAAGCUGACGGCAAAAACAGCCGUUUGGUCCUUAUCCCUUGUCUUCCCGCCUUGCCUAAACGUGGAAUAUUUGUGGCGGUGGGUUCGAAGAUAUACGUGUUUGGUGUGAACAUCGACAAGAAUGACAAUAAAAUGACGUCAACCGCGUACAGCAUUGACUGUAGAUCUCACACUGUACAACCACUCCCGAGCAUGCCACAUGCGUUGAUGUAUCAAACAAUGGCUGACGUCAUCGACGACAGAAUAUACAUUGUUGGAUUUAUAAGCGAUAAAAAGAUACCAGUAGUGGUGUUGGUUUUCAACACAAGAACACAGAUGUGGGAGCCUGCGAUGACAAAUCUAGACGUUCCCGCAGGAAGUAUUAGGAGGAUAUAUGGUUGCAUGGUGAUGGGUAAUAAGAUUUACUCGAAGAAACUUGUAUAUGACCCAAAAGAAACUAAAUGGGAAACGCAUGAUGAGAAGCUGAUUUCGAGGAAGUUUAAGCAUGUGUGUGUCAUUAAUGAUGUUAUAUAUUACUAUUCUUCUGUCAAGAACAACUUAAAAGCAUAUGAUUCAAAGAAAAGGUGUUGGAAGGUGGUGAAAGGUUUGAAAUAUUUGUUCGGUGAGAUAAGAGGUAAAGAAGCGUGGUUAAAGACUGUGAGGUACGAUGGGAAAGUGGUUUUCUUGAUUCCUACAGUAACAAUCAUUGGGGUGGCGAGAGGGAUUUGUUGUGCAGAGGUUUCAUUGGAAAGAGGCCAAGGAGGUAAGAUUUUUGGAAAAGUUGAGUGGCUUGAUAAUUUGAUUGCGGGAAAUUUUGAAAUUAUACAAGCUCUGGAUGUUAUGCUUUGA